AUGUUGCAACAACAGUAGCAAUAAAUGCUCUAUUAAUAGCCACAAUUAAUUAAACCUCCUACUUAGUUAAUUCACGAGUAAUCUGAAAAGACAUCAAUUGAUGUAAACUAAAAUAAAUAUCCUGUGCCAUUACCGAAAUCAAAGCAUAAAAAGAAGAGAGUAAGGAAUAAUCAAAAAGAGUAAAUGACAUUACCUUAGAUAAAUGUACAUGGAAGAGAUUGGAAUGAUGGUUUCACAAAUUAGCAUAUUCCAGAUUAUAAAGUAUAUGAAGAUAAAUACUGUCAGGGUUAUAUUGGAAUACUUAAGAAGAAAAAGAGAUAUAAUCAGUAUAUGCAUGCUAUUCUAAAGCCAGGAGGGAUUAGACCUCAACGUAGACAGCCAUUUGAGGGUGGUCAUUAGCAGUCAAUGUAUUCAGAUGGUUCCCCUGGUAAAAGCAAGCAAAGAAGUGGAAGUCAAAGUGGCAGUCAAGUAGUCAUGAAUAGAGGGCUAUAAAAUGUUGUUUAAAGCAUCCCCAAUCAGCAGGUAUCAAGACCAUAAAGGUUGAGAGUAGCUGUUUCAUAAAAUAGAGGGCAUGUUAUCUAAAAUCAAGACCAAGAAAUAAAUGAGGACGCAUAGAAUUUUUUCUAAGCUCAGCUCCAAAGUCUAUGGAAUCGAUACUAGAUUCCUAAUUGGCAUAGGAUUAAAUUCAUAGAGAGUCUCUAAUCAUAAAAUCCAAAGAUAGUUGUACCAAUUGUUUAAAAAGAAAUAGAAGAUUUUACAAAAGAGCAAUCGCUAGUUUAGAUAGCCGCUCAGCUACAAAAUUUAAGAUUACUAUCUAUUCAUGUUGUUGAAAGAAUUGGAAAAUGGAGAGAUUAGUUAAGAUAUCUUGCAUUAUUAAGCAACACAAAUAAAGUAUCCAAGCAUAAAUUGAAGCAAAAUAUUCCUCAACCAUACUUGACAAAGGAUAAUCUAAACUAUUUGAUAAAAAUGAGAAAUGAUACUUCCCAUUUUUAGCAGCUUCCAAUUGCAAGAUACUUCAAUUUCAAGGAAGGAGUCUCUAGUGAUCCAUUUUUAUUUGCAUGUAGUUUAUAAUAAAGAAGCUAAUUAGCUGCGGGAAGUGGAAUUAGUGCAAUUGAAGAAUUAAUUACAAUGGAAAGAGGGGAAUUGAGAAAUGCUAUUUCAUCCUAAAAUGUGAGACUAGUUUAAAUGGUUAACUCAGAUAAGAAGGCGAAGAAUGCUUCAUAGACUGAGGAAAAGGAAAAUAAUGGUGGAAUUUCUCUGAACAAUCAUAAUCCGGAUUACUAGAACCCCUCCGAUAAAAAUAGGGUACUUUCAAACAAUCAUUAGACUCAGUCAAACAAUAACAUAUCAAAUCCAAUCUUAAGUGAUCAUUAAAACUAAAGGUCGUUGCAGCAUGAUUAAAUAGCUAAGAAAAUUCAAUUCAAUAAUGAGUAGCAAUACUAAUCAUUAGAUUAAAACAAUUAAAAUGAUGAACCAGUUUUACAUAGUCUUAGAUCCCUUUAGCCAAAGAAGGAAGAAUAGACUCCUAUAAAAUAGUAGCCUUCAAUCUAGACUAAUGAAUAAAAGGUUCAAGAAACGCCAAGAUCCCAGAAAAAUGAAGUUUAAGCGGUUUCUAAAGCUUAUUAAUUACCAUAGAGUGAUGAAAGUGAAGAAGAAGUCAUUGAAUUACCAAAAGAAAUUGAAAUUGCUUUGAAACCUCUAGGUCUACAUGAAAGAGAUUUUCCAUCAUUCUUGCAAAAUUAUCUACUUUAGAUUGAUUCACGUCUUUAAUAGUCAUUCUAUGAUUAUGAGUUAUUACUUCAAAAAUAGAACAAUGGGUAUGAAAGACAUUACAUUAAAAUAACUUCCUCUGAUUCUGAUGAUGUACUUGGCUUAGCUAUUUUUAAUGUUGAUUAUACCGCUUAAAAUGAAUUUAGAGGAUUUAUACGACAUUUGAGUACUAAAGAUUUUUCCCUUUUAGAGAAAGCUACAUAAUAAGUAAUGGAUUUCAUUUGGAAAAAUGUAGAUUGUAAUAAUGUCAGAAUUGAGAUAUAUCAUAUGAAGGAUGAAGCUACUGGUAAAUUCUAAGCUGAUCCUGAUGUUAAAAACCCUUUCACUAAAUGUGGAUUUAAGUGGAAAACCCUUAGUAAUGAUCCUAAUACGGGUAAACGAGCAUAAGUUAUGCAAGCCAAUAGGACUGCUAAUGUUAGCUCUUUCGAUGCAAACCUUAGAAAUAUUAAGAGUGGACUCGAACCACUGACAGUUAAAGCCAGUACUGUGAUGGUAUUAGAGAAAAAAGAGGAAGAUGAAGAUGAUUAUGAUGGAGACUUCUAAGAACAGUCAGAUAUAUGCCUUAUCUCUUGCACUAUAGGUGCUUUGAAGCAUUAUAAGGAAGACAAAAAGCUUGAAAGUAAAUAUUCAGAUAACAAUCCCAGAAUUAAGGAUGAGGGUCUCUCAAAAUUAGUAUCAUUAGCUGAUAGUCUACCAAAAGAGUCUCAAUUUCCUGCUUAGAGAUCGAUUGUUUCUGAUAACCUAGAUGAAAUUUAAAAAAUGCUAAAAUCAUAAGGGAUAGAUGUUGAUUCUUAUCUCAAAGGAGAUACCUAUUUAGCUUCAAUCUUGAGUCUUGUUUGCAGGUUUCCUCCAUUUGAUUUAAUUACUCACAAUGGUUACUACUAUCAAAGAAUAAAAUCUGAACAAAUUAUGAGAGUUAGCUACAAGAAUAAAUCAACAAACAAAUAGCAAGGACAGGAUUUAGUAAUUAUCCCAACUGAUGAUGAAAAGCUCAAAGUAAUCAUCAUACCUAAGAGUGUGAUAUCUGAAGGAACUGAAAAUCUCUCUCUUGAAAUUCAAAAUAUCCUUAAGAAUUGCGAGAUAUCUUAAUUAAAAACUGAAGAAGUUCUGAUACCUUCGUUUAAAUUGGAAAUUAGAUAAGAGUAUCAAGAAAUAGUGAAAUUCAAUAUAGAUUCAGAUUAUUAAGUUCAGUCUUGUCACAAUGUUAUCUAAAUAGAGACAAGCAAAGGCAAAUAUCAGAAUGAGGGUCUCAAAUUUGACAUCAAUCCAAUCAAAUAAUACUUAAUUGAUUCUCCAUUUAUCUUUGGUAAUCUUUAUCUCUAUUAAGAUUUUUUAGCUUUAAGUGAUGCAGAAAUGGAAGAAUAGAUAGAUAAUCUACCUUUGUUAAUAGCUAGCGUUGGCGUAAACAACUGGAUAAAAUAAAAAUGA